AUGCCGCUGGACAACCAGCAGCUGCUCGCCAAUCUCGUCCGCCAGCGCGCUGCACUCGAGCAGCGGCUCGAGCAGAACACAGUCUCAGCUGGCAUGUUGCGUGAAGAGCAGCGCUUGUUAAUUCUGCACCAGAAGGAGCGAAUCGAACAGCUCGAAAUCGAGCUCCUCACUACGAAAUCAAGGCUCAAGUUUGCAUCGUCAGAGCCGUCGCUCCCAUGCAAUUCCCAAGAGCAACUGGACGCAUUCCGCAGCGAGUCUGCAGAGCUGGCCGAGCAGCAGCUUGCUCAACAGUCGCUGCAGGCUCGACUGGCAUCCAAUCUCCAACAGCAGCUCAAUUUGGACGAGGCCGAGCUGUUGCAAUUGCUGAGAAACUUUCAGUCUGAAGUCCAGCGCAACAAGGACUCGGGUGUCGUCUCGAGUGAGUCAGUGGUCUGCAAUCCGAUUCUGAGCAGCUCACAACCUCGUGCGACAAAGCCACUCGUCCAAGCGAUGACCGACGUUUCUCCCGCCACUGCCCGCCUCGCUCCGCCAGGCUUCCAAGCGGUCGCUCAUUAUCGUGCCAAUGGCGGAGAGCCAUUGUCGCUUGACAUGAAUUGGUCGUCGGUCGAAGCUCUCGACCACUUUCUCGCCGGCGAAAGCGUCGUGAAAGCAAAUGUCCAACCACGGCGUGCCAUACCAAUCUUGUCCAUUGUCUUGCCCACCUACAAUGGAUUUGCAUUUCUGCAAGAAGCAGUUGUAUCCAUUCAACGCCAAGAGAUGCUGGAUUUUGAGCUCAUCAUUGUGGACGACGGCUCCACAGACAGCACCCCUCGCUUUCUGGGCAUUCUUGCAAGUGAAUGGGCCGACAAGUUUGAGGGCAAAUCCAUUCUGCCAUCGCUGGUGCUGCUCCGCCAGCCCAACAGUCGACUACCCACAGCACUCAAUACGGGCUUUGCAGCUGCAAAAGGCCGCUAUCUGACAUGGAUCUCCUCGGACAAUGUGCACCACGCCAACUUUACACGCGUCCUUGUGGACACUCUCGAUGCCUAUCCGGAAGCCGACUGGGUCAUUAGCAAUCACGUCAGCAUUAACAAUCUCGGCGAGUAUGAGCGUGUCAGCCAACUGACGCCGUUUCAACUGCAAUAUGCCAGCCUUCUCGGCAGCAACCCUGGAAUCAUGUCUUUUGCAUACACUCGCCGCUGCUACGAUGCGGUGGGCGACUAUGAUCCCAGCCUCGAGGGCGUCGAAGAUUGGGAAUACUGGGUCCGCAUCCGUGACACUUGCGGGCCGUAUGUGAUUGCCGACACGGUCCUUGCUGCCUAUCGACACCACGAGCUCUCCAUGUCCAACACAAUGACUACAGCCAUUGCCAACAAGGUGCCUAUCGCUUACGAGCGUACAUUGACACGAGUGUCGCGGCGCGAGAAUGUACUUUCGCUGCAUUUGACCGAUCCGACGCUGCAGUACGUCACGCGACCACGGGAAGGCCAGUCGCUCGCACUUCUCUUUUCCGGCUACACGUACCAGUACUUUUCCAUUGUUAAGCACAGCCCAGUGCUUGGGCUUACAGCCGGAGAGCUGUUAAGUACGUGCCGCGCUGGCACCUUGUUCGAUCGCGUCGCGGCCAACGUUCUGUUCCACGUCAAAGAGCACUCUGAUCAUCCCCGACUCGCCGCACUCUCAGACACCAAACUACCGAGCGUGUACUUUCGCAAUCCCAAUACCACGCAGUUGGAGGGCCGCUCUUCCAACUUGGUUUCAGUCCCCGCCGUCAUGUGCGCAAUCAACUAUGCCGGCUAUCUCGGGUCGCGCGGACAGCGGGUGGCGGCGAAUGGCGUGCUGAAACGCCUGGAAGCGGUCGCUCCAAAGCAUCCACAGCAGUGGUUUGUUCGUGAGCAGGUGCGGCUCUUGAAGGAAACCAACGGCGGUCGCGUGCUGCCGGUCGACCUGCCGUACUUUGAGUUCCGCUCCAGACAGCGGCUCUACGAGUAUGCAUACACUUGGAGCUCAAGUGCACGCUUGGCUCAUUUGGGCAUUCCGCUUCAAGAAGACACAAAGGCGGCUCAACGCGCCAUUGACGGCUUUGCGGACGGCUUUGGCGAUGUUGACGGCGACGGUAUCGCCGACGACGUGUUGCUGUCCAGUCGGCAUCUUGUCUUGGGCAUUGUCCUCGACCGUCCAAUCGAGUCCUUCUUGAAGUUGCUACCUUCCAACCUGCCCAACCCCGAGGCCUUUUUGCAGCAGUACUUUAAUCCAAGCGGCAUGUUUACUCGCGUCUUUUGCUUCUCGCCGUACGAAACAGCAGUUCGGCGCGUUUUCGGCGUCUACACCAUCCCAACCCAGCCAACCGAUCUGAUGGACAGGCUGCUCAAGUACAAGGUUGUCUUGCUUCGUGCGUUUGGCGCCGCGUUUGCCAGCGACAUGGCGGUGCACUUUGGACGCGCGCCGGGCGUCCGCAUCAUUGUUUCGGUGCACGAUGAUAGCUACUCGUACAAGACCCACGAGUCGACUGCUGGCGCCGAUGCUGUCAUGGUUGCGGACGAGCGGGCCGUGCCGCCGCUCUUGGCCAAGGGCAUUGAGCAAGCCACCCUCUAUCCGUACUAUGAUCCGAUUCGGUAUGCGCCUGUUGCCAUGCAACUCAGCGAAUUCCGCCCACGCCUGCCAUUCAACGAAUCUGCCCCGAGCAUUGGCAAGCUGAAGAACGUUGAACCGUAUCCGCACAUGGCUGCCUCUGCCGCAGAUCCGUCCCGUUUGGCUCCGGGUGCCGAAAUACCAGGCACGAUCGAAACACCAGAGCUACGUUCAUGUCGCGCCGAGCGUCGACAAAAGUUGCUCUCCAAGUUUGGCGAAAGCAAAAUUCGCGUUGUGCAUUUUGGCCUCAGCUCCGAGCUGGACAAUACCGUGGGUGUCGUGGCCGCCUCUGCCUUGCUCUCCAACGAUGCGCAUGUCAUUUGCGUGCGUCUGCCUCCCAGCUCGCCUGCCACCGACGGCACUGGGAGCGGGUGGGACGACCUGUUGGCGACCAAGCCGACGCCAGCUCCCCGUUUCACAUUUGAAAACCUCGAAGCGCACGCCAAGCUCGCUCAAACCGCUUCCAAGGGCUCGAAAAAGUCUCAGGCCAGGGUCACCCUCGAAACGAAUGCAAAUCCGCUCAAUUUCCAUCCUUGCCCCGGAGACGACGACAAUCUUCGCCUUGCCAUCUACGACGCGUACCUGUCGAUUGCCACAUUGCUCUUCGCUCCGACGCUGGACGAGACGAUCGACCCAGUGUUGAUUCUUGGCGCACUGCACGCGGGCGUGCUUGUGGUUGCCUCGGACGUGGCUCCGGCCUCAAAACUCAUCCACCAUGGCAUCACUGGCUACCUGCUGGCGACUCCUGCAGACCCCGAGGAGCUCAGCGUCGCCUUCGAAGCCGUUGCUCGCAACACCAAGAUGGCUCGCAACGUCGAAGCCCAUGCACCCUUGAUUCUGGAUCGCAUGAGCUUGGACCGCUUGCACUUGAACCACGCCAUCCUGUACCGCAUGAUAUCGCAGCUGCAAACGCCCCUCAAAACCUCGCCUCCCAUUCCGCUGCCAGGUCAGCCAACAUUUGACCUCCAGCAGACGAAUGGCAACCUCAGCUUUUUGACCUUGACGUCCCAGCACAACUCGGCCCUCACUUGCGCCCACAACAAAUUUAGCGCGAACGCUCCUCCGCUCACCAGCCUUGUCUGCAACGGAUAUGUAUACUCCAUGCUGGCGCCGGCUACCUCCAUCGGGUGGCUCUUGCCUCCCACCCACACCAACAAGCAUUUCUUUUCGGCCAGCUUGGCCGAGCGACAUCCUGUCAGUACCUUUGCGAAAACGCUCGCCCAGCUCCGACAUGCGACGCCGCUUUUGUCGCCGUCAACCCUGCGACAAGUCUCACACGUCCUUCAUUGCAUCGACCGAUUCAUCGGCAACGACUACACCGAUCUGCAAACAGUGAGGGACAUUACCGUUGCUCACGCCCAGACGCUUCACCUGUCGUAUUCCGUUGAGCUGCCCAACCACGGCAGGCACUUUGUCAAGGUUCGCGAGGUCAAGCGAACUCAUCCGCCCUGCCGCAGCGUUGGCAGUUUUGAGUUUACCGUCCGUCCGGCUCAGCACCACAUCCCAUGGAUUAACAUUCUCAUCAGCAAUUUCAACCAGGGCGCUGCGUUCAACGACACAAUCCGAAUGUUCAAGCUGCUCAAGGAUUACACCAACGAGCAAUUUUUACGAUUGAUUGUCGCCGAUUACCACAGCACGGAUGUAGACGUUGAUGCCAUGCUGAAAGCCAACGGCAUCGAGUACAUUUUGCUGAACGUGCCGGGCAACUUUUCUCGCGCUGGAGGCCUGCAAAUUGCCUCGGAUGCGAGCCCGAGUCCGCAGGACAUAAACUUUUCAAUGGACACUUUCAUUGUUGUCCCCCUCAAUCUGUUCACGCUCUUGCGCCAGCACUGCCAGAGCGGACACUCUGCGUUUGCGCCGUUAGUGGUGCGACUGAGCAAGGAAGCUCCUCCCGUGUUCUCCGAAAGUACCGGGUACGAGGAGGUUUACGGAUGGGGCAUGAUUGCCUUCGUGCAGGAGGACAAUGCUCGCAUCGGCGGUUACGAUGUGGAGAGAUUCCGCGAGAAGCGCGGUGGCGAGGACGAGAACUUUGCUGGUCGCUUGCUGUGGAACAACACGCAAGAGUUUUCCAUCGCCCGUGUGCAGGCCGACUUUUUCCACAUCUUUCACGCCCAUUUCGACAAUCACCUCUGGAGCAAGGCCGGCUCGGAAACAUGGGCCAACAUGCCCGGAUUUGAGCCCGCACCAGGCGUGCACCUCCAUCUCGACUAUCAGCCCACACCGGCGCUGGCCAUGCAGGCGCUCAUUGACUGGGAUCGAGCACAUCCGACAAUGCUUUCCCAGCACUUUGCUGAUCAGCGCCCAGCUUCCGUGGCUGACAUUCUUGGCGGCUUGAAUUCUGCCAGCAUUGAGCUGCACUCAGAGGCUGAGGGGCAUUUGCAUGGCCUCGACGACAACGAAACCGAUGACAUCAACAAUGGCAAUGAGAUGACCGACACCAAUCCGAGUGACGAGACGUUUGAAGCAUGA